AGUGCACUUUUAAGGAAAGUAAGGGAGCUAUUUGGGAUUCAGCAGGUGGCAAAGAUAGAUAUAGCUACGGUGGCACGCAGUUUGCAGAUUAAGAGUUUAAAAACAAGGCAGAAGUUUAACUUGUUAUUCCAGUUCAUAUAUUUUUAGCCAUUAACGGAAUCAGAUGGAUUUUCCAAAAUUGCCACCUCAUGAUGGACCCUUUCUGUCUGUGGUUGACAUGCACACUGGAGGAGAACCUUUACGUGUCAUCGUAAGCGGCUAUCCUACCGUGAGUGGAGACACUGUGCUCGCCAAGCGGCGGUAUGUACGAGACCAUCACGAUCAUCUACGCAAAGUGCUAAUGUUCGAGCCCCGUGGCCACUAUGACAUGUAUGGAGCGUUAUUAGUAGAAAGCGAGAUACCUGAAGCGGAUCUCGGGGUUCUGUUUAUGCACAAUGAGGGUUACAGCACCAUGUGUGGCCAUGCUGUGAUCGCUCUCGGCCGUUUUGCUGUAGACUACGGUUUGGUAAAAACUCCGACUUCUCCCGAGACCCAAAUAAACAUCCACUGUCCAUGUGGUCUGGUGAAGGCUUUUGUGGAGUAUAGCAACGGUAAAACAGGAGCAGUGAGGUUCCACAGCGUGCCAGCGUUCGCUUUCGCCACAGAUGUGAAAGUCACCGUUCCAGGAUAUGGUGAAAUCACAGUGGACAUAAGCUAUGGAGGAGCUCUCUAUGCUUUUGUGAAUGCUGAAAUAUUUGGACUGGAUGUCAAUAAGUCCAGAACCAGAGAUUUAGUGGAUGCAGCCACUGCUGUAACUAAUGCAGUCAAAUCUCAGGUGAAGCUCCACCAUCCUGUUAGUGAAGAUCUGGCUUUUCUAUAUGGCACCAUCCUCACAGAUGGUAAAGAUGAUUUCUCGGAUGAGCCUACAGCCAAUGUGUGUGUGUUUGCUGAUGCACAGGUGGACAGGAGCCCCACAGGCUCAGGUGUGACAGCUCGCAUUGCUCUGCAGCACCACAAAGGUCAGAUCCAGCUGCACAAGACCAGGAGCUUCAAGAGCGGCACCACAGGAACUAUAUUUACAGGGAAGGCAGUACAGGAGACGACGUGUGGGGAGUUCAGUGCAGUGGUGGUGGAGGUUGCAGGUCAUGCUUACUACAGCGGUGUGGCCAGUUUCACUCUGGAGAACGACGAUACCCUGAAGAAUGGCUUCCUCCUCCGAUGAGAAUGCUAAAGCGGAGAUCUAACAAGCCAGAAUAAAUAAACAGUCUGUGUCCUUUUAUCAUCAUGGCAGUGCAUUUCUGUGCUUCAUUAGGGACCAUAACUGCUGGGAUGCACGUUAGCUUGGAUUUAUAUUUCCUUUGUUGGAUGAUAGCAAUUACAUUUUGUAACAGUUGAAUUAAGUGCACAAGGCUUUCUUACUCGUUUCACAUUUAAGAAUUUUGCAACUUUUAAUCAAUUUUGCUGACUUUAUGAAAGAGGAAAAAAACGAAAGGCUGUUGAUAGAUCUGCUAUAACAUCAAUAAUAUUGGCUAAAUGAGGAAUAAAACAUGUGCCUCACACCACCCCAGUGAUUAGUUUCCUGUGGCUGUACACCACAUUGUGUCUUGUUUCUCCUUCCCCCCCCCCCCUCAUAGAACAUCUGUAAGUUCUAAUGUGUUUUAAUCAUCAACAGUUGACUGAUUAUUUGUGAACUAUGUUAAAUUUUACUUUGUUUUUGUUUUUUUUAUACCUCAAGUUAUUAUUCAAAGCAAAAGUUCAAACUUGACACUAGCUAAAGUUAUUGCUCAGAGGAGAUGUUUCAUUGCGUACUGGUG